ACUACUCUCUUUUUCUAUUGAAAAAAACUUCCCGUCGCUCUUUUCCUGGUAGAAAUCGCCUUGUCCCCGCUGAUAAAAUGCCUCGUACUGCAUCCAAGCCGACGAAGAAACGGAGUAAACCUUAUACAGUUACCUCUUCAGACACGGAUCCUGUUCCCUCAGCUUCGAGUAAAACUAAAAAGUCGUCCAAAGAGAAUGAUGAAAAAUAUAAGUUGUUUAAUAAGUAUGCCAAUACAUCUUCUGGUGUCAUUGAUCCAGAAGGAAUUGAGAAACUUUGCUCAAAAUUGAAAGUUUCUCAUACUGAUAUCAAGAUCUUGAUGCUAGCUUGGAAAAUGAAGGCUGAAAGACAAGGUUACUUCACAAAGGCUGAAUGGAGAAGAGCACUCAAGGCGUUAAAGGUUGACACUAUCAAAAAAUUGAAGAAAGCCCUUCCUGAGCUCGAGAAAGAGGUCAGAAAGCCAUUGCAUUUUGCAGACUUCUAUGCUUAUGCCUUUCGUUAUUGUUUGACAGAUGAAAGACAAAAUUGCAUAGACAUUGAGACUAUUUGUCAACUCCUAGAUUUGGUCUUAGGAUCAACAUUCCGUGACCAGGUUGAUCACUUUGUCGACUACCUAAAGAUCCAGAAUGAUUACAAAGUCAUCACUAUGGACCAAUGGAUGGGUUUUUAUAGAUUCUGCAAUGAGGUACUUUCCAUAUAUUUCCAUAUUUCCUCCUCCUCCAUGGCCAUCCUCUUUAACCAAACGUUAUUUGCAUCUAAUGUGAUUUUUUUUUUAAACAUUACAGAUAAGUUUACCGGACAUGACCAACUACAGUCUAGAACUUGCGUGGCCACUGAUUCUAGACAAUUUUUUUGAGUGGAUGCGCGAAAAACAAGCAUGAUAGUUUCCAUAUUUGUCAAACUGUUUUAGUCUCUCUAGCUUCAAACAGCCUCCAUUUUUUCACAAUAACUUCAAAUUUGAUUAUUGUUAUCAUUGAUGAACAGAAUGUUAUAUAUAUAUAUAUAUAUAUACUACGAGUUUUCCUGCGCCAUGUGCAGAUAUAAAAUAUUUUAAAAUAUUAUAUAUAAAUAAAAUUUUCUAUUUUUAUAUUUUACUUUUAUUAGUUUAAAAAAUAAAACCAUAAUGUAAUUGUUUUUACUUUGAUUUAUUCAAGUUUACUUUGACCCUUUAAUUUUGCAUUACUUAACUUUUGAUAAAAAUAAUUGAAAUUUAUAAAGUUACUUUAUUAUAUUAUUCUUUAUUUAAUUACCAUUUUUAAAUAUGUCUAUUUGUAAAUAUAUAAAUUAUUUCUAAUAAUAUAUACAUUAAAUAAAAAUAACUUAUAUACGUUGAUAAAAUAUAUUUUAAACUACACUUAUUUUAAUAAUUAAAAUAUGAUUCAUAUAUUGAUGUAAAAUUUAAAUAUUCGUAAUUAUUAUUUAUAUAUAAAAACAUAUUAUUUUAAUAGAUAUAAAAAAGUUAUUAGGUAUCAUAAAAUCUUACCAAAAUGAAUAUGUACUGAGAAAAAAUAUUUUUGAUAUAAAAUUUAUUAGUUAUUACUAUAUUAUGAAACUUUUCCAAAAAUAUAAAUCCAUAUAUAGAAAUUUAUCAUUAUUAUAUUUAAGAAAUCUUACCAAAAACAUAAAUCUAAAUAUAGUAAAUUUUACAUGUCACAAUUAGAUUUAUGUCAUGUCAUAUUUCUUUUAAGCCAUGUCAUCAUUUUUUGUGAAAGUUAAUGUAGUGAUGACACAUAUACAAAUCACUUCUCAAAUAUAGUUUAGGGGAUAUAUAUAUAUAUAUAUUAUUUGCAAACUUAUAUAUGAGAUCUAUAUUCAAAUAUUCUGCUCUGCUAUAUUUGCAAACUAAUAAUUUUGUAAAAAAAUUAUUUUAUCCUCGCUUGUUAUGAUUUUUUUUUCAUAAACGAAUUAAGUACCUAUCAUAAGUCUCAGGCCUUACUGCACGAAUCGCUUAUAUUCUGUGGUUUAUAAAUUAACAUUGGCGGUAUGCUGCUUUAAUAAUUCAGUACUAGGUUAAGACCCGCGCCUUGCGCGGAAUGAACAUUAUAUAUAUAAAUUAUUUUAUAUAUUAUAUGUUUAUAACAUAUUAUGAAAUAAUAAAUAUCUAUCAAUACUAUUAAAAGAGAAGGAGUUUUAAUAAAUCUACUUAAAAAUGUUGUUUGGACUAUUUCAUUAAUUUACCUAGACCAACUAAAUAAUCUUUCUAAAUAUCUCCUAAUAAUGUAUUAGCUCCUAUAUGUAAGAUUCUGAUCUAGAGUAUCAUUAAUAUCCUUAGAAUAUUAUCUAUAAAAAUCUACGAUAAUAUAUUUAGAAUAUCAUUUUUAUUUUGUAUUACCUUUAUUUUACCAAGUCAUAUGGUUAACAUAUAAUAUACUAUUAAUUCAUGUGAAUCAUACUGUCUAUAUUAUAAACGAUGACCAAUACAUCACCAAAACCAAAACUAUAUUCAGACAUAUUCAUAUAAUAAUUUAUGUAUUUAGACCUAAUUUUGAAAAUUUUAGGUUCGGGUUGGUUCCUUUCCGGUACAAAUCCAUAAUUCAAAUACAUAUGAAACACAUGUACUUUUUGGAUACAUAACGGGUCCAGAUCGGUUUGGAUAUCUAAUACCCGAAAAAGACUUGAAAUACCCCAAAUCCAAAAAAUAUUUGAAAAACCAAAAAACACACAACACAAAGACAUACCCGAAUACUCAAACAAAUAUCCAAAAUAUUCAAAUAUCCAAAAA